CUCGUUGAUAGCAACUUAUCCCAAUUACUGGCCUAGAUUGUCUCAUGCGUACCAAGAUGGAAUAUCUCUUGGAGGACGAGGUUGCAUAUAUGCCCCCAGAUGAUCGCCCCCAUUCUGCUCAGCAUGUUCAAUUGUGCCAAUACAACGCGACUCCGCAAACAUGCUACAAUCCAUACGGCAAAUGAAAAAUGCUGGUCGUCCGACGAGAACACUCAAACAGUUACUUCAAACUUCAGAUAGCGAUGGUCCAAUCCGUUACAACAAAGAUUUACUGCCAAGUCCCCCAGAGGAUAGAAAAUGGCGAUGGCAACAUUACUUCGCCUACUACCUCACCAUGACAUUCAGCCCUAGUAGCUACAACCUCGGAGCCUCGCUUGUGUCUAUCGGAUUACUCUGGUGGCACGGUAUGAUAGCAGCUGUCAUCGGCUCUGUCUUCCUGACCGUCCUCGUUGUACUCAACAGUCGUGGUGCGAUCAAGUAUUUCGUCGGUUUCCCAGUAUAUGUUCGUGUCGCUGCUGGUGUCAGGGGCUCCUCGCUCUACAUUCUUGUAAGAGCAGUCGUCGCAAUCAUCUACUUUGCUACUCAGACAUACUAUGGCGGACGCAUCACGUCUGUCUUCAUGCGUGGCAUAUUCGGCAAUGGUUAUCACAAUAUACCUAAUCAUCUGCCGGAGAGUGCUGGUAUUACUUCUCGUGACCUGCUCAGCUUUUUCAUCUUCUGGAUGAUCCAAAUGCCCGUCAUGUUUAUCCAUCCCAAGGUUCUUCGACACCUUUUCAUUGUUAAGGCAGUUUAUACGACCAUCUCUCUGCUCGGUGUACUCGGCUGGACAAUCAGCGCGAAUGGAGGAAAGCUCGGUGACUUCGAGUAUACUACCAAACAGACCCAAUUGUCUGGACAUGAUCUCAUCUGGCCUAUGAUCUCUGCUAUCAACUCCGUCAUGGGAGCGCUAGCUCCUGUCUUGAUCAACCAGCCUGAUAUUGCCCGCUAUGGCCAUUCUUACAGCGACGUGACUUGGAGCCAGGGUGUUGGCAUCUUGAUCUCCAAGGUCUUGGUCAUGUUCAUUAGCACAGCCACAACAGCCGCCGCUACCAACGUACUGGGAAAGUCGUUCUGGAACGUUUGGGAUCUAUACGGUGCCAUCCUCGAUCAAUACUGGAGUCCUGGUGCUCGAGCUGGCAUGGUCUUUGCUAGCUUCGGCAUGAUGCUAGCCGUACUGGUCACAAACGCUGGAAGUAAUUCGCUGCCCGUCGGCGCUGACUUGACAGGCAUCUGCCCACGCUGGUUGACAACCGUACGUGGACAAGUCAUCUGCGCUGUUCUGGCACCUCUACUCGUACCGUGGAAGAUCAUUGCAUCCGCGACAUCUUUCCUGACCUUCUUGGGCUCAUAUACUGUCUUCCUCAUGCCGAUCUGCGCGUGCAUGGUCGUGGACUACUGGCUUGUGAGGAAGGGUAAUAUACAUGUACCAUCCCUAUACGUUUGUUCAACUGGAGACCCAUAUACAUACUACAAGGGAUGGAAUUUAAGGAUGCUUUUCGCUUGGGUAGCCGGUGUAGCUUUCGUCGUUCACGGCAUAGCAAACUCAUUGAAUCCAGGCUCGGUAGGCAUGGCAAGCUCAAACAUGUACAAGCUAGGCUUUAUCUUGUCAUUCACAAUGGGAGGCCUGGUCUACUACGUCCUUUGCUUGAUCUGGCCCAUACAGGUCCUGCCAGCAGGAUCGGAUAGAACGCUCAUGUUCGAGGAGCUUGCAGCAAAUGAAGGCUUCUUCGAUCAUGAGAAUGUGGGCACUAUUACUGGUGUACUGGUUGGGGAAGAAGUGGAUCACGUCUCCACCCAACACUAUAUCGCGGAAGGGAAAGAGAGUAAAGUCUGAGUUUGUAACGAUAAACGAAUUGUCUAUGAUAUCUCCUGAUCAUCUGCUUCAUUUCAAAGCCCUGUAGAAAGGCAGAGUCUUUUCCAAUCCC